GCCAAGCCAGGUCGCACUCCCCGGCUCCGGCACAGCAACACUGGAAAAAAACCAAGGCCAGCGCAGCGCUGGCUUCCUCCGGCCGGCCGUCCUCCAGCCGUGAGUCAGUCGCCGUCCCUUUUGCCGCGGGAACGUGCUCCGAAGCAGCCGCCCCCUCUCUCUCUCUCUGGCUCUCUCCCCCCCUCCGCCUCCUUCGUCACACAGCUUCUCUUCCCCCCUCCCCUUUUAUACCACGACACCGGUCCGUCCCAAAGCUUCCCCUCUUUCCGCGUCUGCUACUCGUCCCUCCUGGAUCAGUGAGUGAGUCCCGGAGUGAAAGAUCCGGCCUUUUUAGCUGCUUGUGGUGGGAGGCGGUAGUUGGUUUCUGGGGAGUUGCACCACCGGGAAGGGGAGCAGCUAGGCUUGGUGGUGGGACUGCGGCGGCGGAGCUGCUGCGGCCGCCGCCGCCGCGAUGGACUCCGGCAACAGCGGGAGUCUUCAGUCGUCCAGCGGCGGCGACGACGAGUUCGACUCGCGGGGCGGGGGAGGAGGAGGAGGAGGGGGCGUCGACUCCUCCCCGCUCUCCGCGCUGCUCCGCCCGUCGCCGUCCCCCUCGGCCGCCGCGUUCUCGCUCCACGGGUCCUACUUCGGCCUCCAAGAGUUCACGUCCGCGCCGCCUCCGCAGCAGCAGCAGCAGCAGGCGGGGGCGUGGUCGGGGUCGGUCGCCGGCGCCUCGGGUCUAUCCACGCCGUCCUCGCCGCGCGUCGCGCACACCGACGCGGGCGCGCGGCCCCAGGGUGCUAACAAGGCCGUGGCGGCAGCGCAGGCGCAGGGGCAGGGAGCCGAGGUGGGCGCUCCCGCGCCGGCACAGCCGCCGCCGCCCAGGGGGUCGCGGAAGCGGACGCGCGCGUCGCGGCGGGCGCCCACGACGGUGCUCACCACCGACACCUCCAACUUCCGCGCCAUGGUGCAGGAGUUCACGGGCAUCCCGUCCCCGCCCUUCGGCGCGGGCGUCGGGGUCGGGCUCGGGGUCCCCGCCGCGUCGCUCCGCACCCGCUUCGACCACAUCUUCCCCCCGCCGUCCACCCUACGCUCCGCCGCCUCCGGGGACGCCGCGGCUGCCUCGCUGCCGCCCUACCUCCUCCGCCCAUUCCCGCACAAGCUCCCGACCGCGCCCUCCACUUUCCCGCCCUUCACGUCGUCGUCGUCGUCGACCUCGUCAUCGACGCCGUCCUCGUCCAACAUCGGCGUCGCCAAUGCCAAUGCGGCGACGGGCACGGCGACCACCGCGGCAGCAGCGUCAUCCAACCCUGUCGCCCCGACGGCCGACGCCUUCCAGCAGCUGACGUCCUCGGCGCUCCUCCGGCUGCAGCAGGACGCCAGCAGCUACCUCUCCUUCCAGAACCUCCUCGACUCGCAACCCUCGUCGCAGUCCAUGUUCGGCGCGGUGGGCGGGUUCGCGCAGUCGUCGAGGCUGCACGAUCCGGCGCCGUCGCCGUCGGAUUUCCUGGCCGGCGCCGGCUCCAGCAGCCUCGGGCUCGCCCACGGCGGACUCCUGGCCGGCUCCGAGGGGCUGCACUUGCACCACUCGCGGAGCGACGUCCACGGCCACGGCGGCGGCGACGAGCUGUCGGGCGUGGUCGCGGCCGGCGCGUCGGGCGGCAGCUGCAAGCUCAACUACUCGUCCCACGCCGGCGCGGUGGCGACCUCGUCAUCGGCUGCCGGCAGCGCGGACAAGCCACCGGACGGCGGCGGCGGCGGCGCGCCCGGGCGGCCUGGGCGAGGCGACGGGCUCGACCCGUGGAUCUGUACAUCGGAGUAGGGAUGCAUGCUGCGGCCUCCCUCGACCCUCGGCCGCUUCGUCCUGCGAACUGCUAUGCUACGGCUCCGGCGAGACGAACCAUGCCGAAUCCGCCAUGCAUGACAAACAAAGGUCUGAUUAGCCUUUUUAGCCUUACACCUUUUGCUGCUACUUAUUACGGAGUAAUCACUUCUUUCCUGAGGCAGUUAUUCGUAGCCCCUCCUCCUCCUCCCCCACUUUGUACAUUAAUCGUCUUGCCUCGGCUCCAUCCCACUUAGAUUCUCCAAUUAAUCGCACGCGAUUUAGACGUGCGAAUGAAAUAAUGUCACAGAGAUACCCAGACAGAGAGAGAGAGGGGGCAUGGCAUGGUGCAAUUCGAAUCCGAAAGCAAGCGAAGCGAGCUGCUUGUGCUUGGUUCUUGUUCUCUA